AUCACUCUCAGUUCUAAAAUCACGCCUCUCUCUUGCUUCUUAAAAGUAAGUUCUUAGUUUAGUAGUUUCGAGAGUAUAUCGUAGAUCAAGUUUGCUUAAGUAUAUCACUCAUGUACUCGAGUAUUAGUUCGUGAUCGUUUGUAUCCUGUGAUUCAUAAAUCGGGAUUGUCCGAAAGUACUUACGGCCGAUUUAUUGAAUUAAGAAAAAAAAAAAUCAUAUCUUGCCUCCAUGAUUUAUAUUAUUUAAGUUACGUCUUUAAAUUACUGUUGUAAUUCGUUUAUGUUAUUGAUGCGGACAUCGACUUUAACCAAACUGCUGAACUACAUCUUGUACUACAUCCUACACUACAUCCUGUACCAGAAGUCCGAGAAGGUCCCAUGACACGUUCAAAGUCUAAACAACUCAAGAAAAGGUUCAAUUUAGCUGUGCAAGACAUUCUAAGCUCCUUAGAGCAGGAGGAAGUAAACUGGUCCGUAGCACCCCAAACCGGAUAUGAUCCAAUAGCCGAAGAAGAGCUUGCUGAAGCUUUCACCCAAAUGAGUCUUGAACGAACUACUCCCCAAGGUAUGAAAUCUUCUGUGACAGGUCCAGAAGCCCCUAGAAUCCAAGAGAAGACUUUAGAGCUGCAGGAGACGUACGAGACAAGCUUCACUUCCGAGAGUGAUCAAGAGAGUCAAGAUCAAGACCAAGACACCAAGGACGUGGAAGAGCUCCAAGACACUGAUCAAGAUACUCAAGAGGAACUCCAGGAAGGCCCCUACUUCAAGAAACCAACAAGUAAACGAGCACAAGAUAUGACUCCUGAAGUAGGUCCAAUAAGCCCACACAACGGCUAGACUCGUCAUCAAAGCGUGCUCCUCAAGAGAGUUUAAGUAGUUUCCUUAUUUAGUUAUUUUCUUUCUAAAAACAAUGGUUUUUGUUUUUUGCUUUUAUUUGCUUCCUUUUUUGUGUAUUUGCAUUUAUUUUCGGCCCUAGGCUAGCUGAAGGACUCUUAUAAAGUCCCCCUGCAGCAGUUGUACGAUUUUCACCUUUGAUUAUCAAUAAAGAACCCGAAUUUUCUUA